CCUCUCUCAAUUGUCGCCCCUCCUCUCCACUUACCUUCAAUGCCUCCCCUAAGUGAACCUACCACUCUGGGUAAGGUCUGUCGGCUCAAUGCCGCCGCCCCUUAUGAUGAUGACUUGAAUGGGACACAGUGAAUGGAGCGUUAUUGCCGCACUUGCCAGCCUGCCACAUAACACUCAGUCACUCACUAAGGUACGUACAGACAUCAGAAGGGAAGGAAAGUAUGGAUGGAUGGAUGGAUUAUGGAGUCAAGAGUACGUACCUCUCUCGGGGACGGGGACGGUGACUAAACCACCAGACACACAGUACAAAAUUGACCCGGUACCUGAAUUGAAGACUCCAUACUACACGCCAUUCCCUUUUACUCUAAUGCUUUGCUUUUGCUUUGCUUGCUACUUGUUGCUUUUUGCUUGUCUCUUUUCGUGAUGUCAAAUGUCCAUGCUCUUUUAUUUCUCCCUUCUGCAUUUACUUCUGCACAAUAGAGAAACUCCACCACCUCUGCUUUGCUUUCCUUCUUUCUCCCCUCCCCCCUCCCUACCCAUUUCCCCUCUUCUUCAUUUGCCUCCUUUUUGCUUUUGCCCUUUUGGUCAUUGACUUUCUCUC